AUGGUUGUAAUGACACUGAAAGCUAGCCACCUCGCCUACUUUGUAUCCAUCCUCCAAAUCCUCCGAUUCCAUGCCCUCCCAAUCCCCCUCUCUCACCUCCCCAUCAUCCUCCUAGUCUCCUCCAUCCCACUCCACCUCCUCUCCCCAUUUCCCCACUCCCUACCCCUCACUCCCAUUGCCUUCGCUCCUCUCCCUCCUCUUCAUGACCCUUGCCAUCGCUCCCCUGACCUUCUUCCCCUUUGCUCCCCUCAUAUGCAUCCCCCAUCCACACUUCCCCUUCAUCUUCCUCCUCUGAGCCACCCACUGCAUGCUCUCCCUCGUCCAGGUACCAUGGACCAUGGAUCACCACCCUCUGUCUUCUUCCCCCCUUUAAAACACAUCUGGCUUGCCAAGCCCCAGCGGCUGAAUUAUUUUGAACAGCUGCCCAUGUACACGGAGAACUUGCGAAACCUGCCCGCCUGGGUGAAGGUGGCUACUGGAUCCCCUCCCCUUCACUCCCCUACCCUUCACUCCCCUCCCCUUCACUCCCCUACCCUUCACUCCCCUCCCCCUCAUUCCCCUCCCCUUCACUCCCCUCCCCUUCACUCCCCUCCCCUUCACUCCCCUCCCCUUCGCUCCCCUCCCCUUCACUCCCCUCCCCUUCACUCCCCUCCCCUUCACUCCCCUCCCCUUCGCUCCCCUCCCCUUCACUCCCCUCCCCUUCACUCCCCUCCCCUUCACUCCCCUCCCCUUCGCUCCCCUCCCCUUCGCUCCCCUCCCCUUCACUCCCCUCCCCUUCGCUCCCCUCCCCUUCACUCCCCUCCCCUUCGCUCCCCUCCCCUUCACUCCCCUCCCCUUCGCUCCCCUCCCCUUCACUCCCCUACCCUUCACUCCCCUCCCCUUCACUCUCCUACCCUUCACUCCCCUCCCCUUCACUCCGCUACCCUUCACUCCCCUCCCCUUCACUCCCCUACCCUUCACUCCCCUCCCCUUCACUCCCCUACCCUUCACUCCCCUACCCUUAACUCCCCUCCCCUUCAGUCCCCUCCCCUUCAUUCCCCUCCCCUUCACUCAACUCCCCUUCACUCCCCUCCCCUUCACUCCCCUCCCCUACGCUCCCCUCCCCUUCAAUCCCCUCCCCUUCACUCCCCUCCCCUUCACUACCCUCCCCUUCACUCCCCUCCCCUACAAUCCCCUCCCCUUCACUCCCCUCCCCUUCACUCCCCUCACCUUCACUCCCCUCCCCUUCACUCCCCUCUCCUUCAUUACCCUCCCCUUCAAUCCCCUCCCCUUCACUCCCCUCCCCUUCACUCCCCUACCCUUCACUCCCCUCCCCUUAAUUCCCCUCCCCUUCACUCCCCUCUCCUUCACUCCCCUCCCCUUAACUCUUCUCCCCUUCACUCCCCUACCCUUCAUUCCCCUCCCCUUCACUCGCCUCCCCUUCACUCCCCUCCCCUUCACUCCCCUCCCCUUCCGGCUGCAGCUGAUGACAGGGAGGAAGGAGGAGGGGGUGAAUGGGAGGAUGGAGAGGAGAGUGAAGGGGAUGGGAGUGAAGGGGAAGGGAGUGAAGGGUAG